CUUCGCUUGCAGCUCAGUUGCCAUCAGCGCCCGACAUCGUACAGACAUGACCUGUUCGACGUCCCUGAUACUCGCCUUGGCGACGUGUUGCGUGCUCGCGUAUUUUUCCACCUUCUCGGUGGAAGCCGCGCCUGAUGCCUUCAAAGUGGAUACGGUAUACGUGCCAGAAGUCUGCACCGUCAAGUCGAAAAAAGGAGACCAGCUGACGAUGCACUACACCGGAACGCUCAAGGAUGGUACCAAGUUUGAUUCAAGCUUGGACAGGGACCAACCCUUCACCUUCCAGCUAGGCGUUGGCCAGGUGAUCAAAGGCUGGGAUCAAGGACUCGAGAAUAUGUGCGUCGGCGAAAAGAGGAAACUGACGAUCCCUCCAGACAUGGGAUACGGUGACCAAGGAGCUGGAAACGUUAUCCCUGGAGGUGCGGUGCUAUUAUUUGACGUUGAGUUGAUCGACAUCAGCGAUUCACCGCCAACGACUAAUGUCUUCAAAGAAAUCGAUGCCAACAAAGACAACCAACUGUCCCGCGAGGAGGUGAGAACAAUGGUUAGCGAGUAUUUGAGGAAGCAAAUGAUUGAGGCGGAGCAGGGCAGUGCCAGUGAGAGCGACGAAGUAAAGAAAAUGCUCGCCGACCACGACAAACUCGUCGAGGAGAUAUUCCAGCACGAGGAUAGCGACAAGAACGGCUUCAUCUCCCACGACGAAUUCAGCGGUCCGAAGCACGAUGAGCUUUGAAACCCGUAAUUAACAAAAUUAAUCACGUCACACUGACCACCGGAGAACUGCGAAGCUUCUGCAGCUCGUCUUUCCACUUGGCGUCAUCCCGAAACCUACUCUCGACAACGGAACGGACACGAGCAUGGCUCGCAACACCAAACGCGGUCACAAGACGCUAUAAUA